UUAAAAAAAACAAAAAAUUCAACAUAAUAUUUCUAAAAAAUAUAACUGACAUAAAAAUUUAAAUCCAAAAUUGUCAAUAUGGUAUGAAGACAUAUCUAAAAUUCACUUUUUAUGAAAAAAAGUAACCUCAAUAAGAAUAAGAAUUUCAAAAUUUAAUUAUUUUUAAAUUAUAUAUUAGUUUGUAAAAAUUCUUAGUCUUUUACUAUGAACAUUUAGAUUUAAUAAUAUUCUUAUGUUCUACAGCAGUGACUCAUUCUCAUGAACAACAUACUGUACAGAUUCCAGGACCACCUCCAAAAAGACAAAAACAAUUGACACUUAUGAAUAGGUAAUAUUAUUAAUAUUUCAUAUACUUAAGUACUAUUUUGUACAAUCGUACACAUACAAAUAUACCUAUUACCUAUUUAUAUUUUAAAUUAUAAUACUUUAUAUUUUAUAAAUCAAUGAUGCAAUUAUUUGUUGGUAGGUUUAGCUUACCACCUGAAAGUAAAGUGGACCAAUUCUACAAAGCUGUUGUUCAAAUGAUUGCGGAAGAUAUGCAACCAUUAUCAAUUGUAGAAAACAGUGGAUUUCAAAAACUUAUUAACCUACUUGAUUCACGUUAUAAGUUGCCUAGUCGCAAACUCAUUGGAACAACGCUUAUACCAAAUUUGUAUGAAUCAACUAGACAUAAGAUUGAAACUAUUUUGUCUCAAGCAAAAUAUGUAUCACUUACAUCAGAUGUUUGGACUUCAUUGAAUACAAUAUCAUUUAUAACUGUGACUGUGCAUUUUUUUGACAUUGAUUUAAAUUUAAAAACAUAUGUAUUAACCACCAGAAAACUAGAAUCUAAUCAUACAGCACAGUAUUUAUCUGAAGUACUUACAGAUGUAAUAAAAGAAUGGAAUAUAGAAGAUAAAAUUGUUGCAAUUGUAACAGACUCGGGUGCAAAUAUUAAGGCAGCAAUAAGAUUACUUGGACUUAAUCAUAUCCCAUGUGUUGCUCAUAAAUUAAACAAUGCUGUAAAAAAUGCAUUAAGAAGUGAUUUCGAUGAAAGUGAAAUUGAAACCGACCACACUGAAGAUGUUGAAAUUAUGAAGCUGGUUAAAAUGUGUCGUUCUAUUGUUGGCCAUUUUAAGCACAGUGAGGUAUCAACCAGGGCUCUUCAUGAGAAACAAAAACAACUUAAUUCUCCAAUUCUUAAGUUAAAACAAGACAUGCCAAUUCGUUGGAAUAGUACACUAACAAUGAUGGAAUGUUUGUUGAUAGUCAAAGAACCUUUGAUGCUGGUUUCAAUGAGCUUAUCAAGAUGUCCAAAAAUGCCAUCAAAUGACCAAUGGGAAAGUAUAAACGAUUUUGUUAUACUUUUAAAACCGUUUGAAAGCUUAACUAUACAAAUAUCCUCAGAACAGCGACCAACCUUAGCAAAAGUUAUUCCAUUAUUAAGAGGUUUAUUAUUAUCAGUUAAUAAUAAGAAUCCAGUGACGUAUACAGGCAAGUUUUUAAAGAAAAAAUUGCUUGAAGAAACAACAAAAAGAUUUAAUGAUAUUGAAGAAAUGUAUCCAUCACAUUUAUACUCUAAGGCUACUAUAUUAGAUCCUCGAUUUAAGAAAGCUGCAUUUAUAUCAAAUGAAAAUGCCAAUACAGCUGAACAAGAAGUUCAAAAAGAGAUAGCUGACUACAUUAAAACUAAUGCCCCUGAGAGAAAUAUACUUGAACAAAGUGUAUAUCACACCACUUUGACAACUGCAGAACAACUAGAACACAGCAGUCAACCCGUUUCUUUACAAGAAAAUUUAUUGACAUAUUUAGAAGCAACAGUCACCACACUUCGGUCUCAGACAACAUAUUCUAGUACAGCAGCAACAUUAUUCAAACAGUACAUGAAUAUCGAAUUUUUAAACAUUCAAGAUGAUCCAAUAUUGUUUUGGAAAAAUAACAAACAAAUGUUAGGUGCAUUGUGUGAAGUAGCUUUGAAAUACUCUUGUAUACCUGCUACAUCUGUGCCAUCGGAGAGAGUAUUUUCUAAAGCUGGUCAAAUAGUCAGUGCCAGACGAAAUAGAUUAUUACCAGAUAAUGUGGAUAAACUUAUAUUUUUAAAUGCAAAUUUAGAAAGAUAAAUGAUUUUGAUUUCCAUUGUCUUAUCUUAUAUUAUUUUUACUA